CCGGGCUAUGUCGUACCUUCGACCAUGGUCCUGUCAAGUAAACCGAAACAUGCCGUGCAACCUUGAGCCUAUCGCCAAAUCGGCAAUGUGACUGUCUAUGAGCAAGCAUUUUGCCUUCCACUUUGGUUGACAACCAGUUUUUUAUUGGCACCUCCUUUCAUUCAUACCAUGGACGUUCUUGGCUUUGCAAUGCAAGGCGAAAACGGAAACCAUGGCGAUAACAACAUGGUUGAACUCACUUGGUGGAACGUUGGGUUUGCAUCGCUAUUCAUCGUUGUAAAUUUGAUCAUGUCUUCGAUACUUGGUCUUGGCCUAGAAAAAUCACUAUUGAUAUCAGCAAUUCGCUGCGUUGUACAACUAACGAUAAUGGGUUUCGUUUUAGAAGAUGUAUUCCAAGCAAAGCAUCCUGCUAUAGUUAUACUCAUGACGAUGAUUCUUAUUCUAUUGGGCUGCUAUGAGAUCAUUUACAAUAAGUCGAACAAGACUUUUCGGGGAAUGUUUCUGACGUGUUUAUGCUCAAUGACUAUGUCGACGUUGUUGGUGGGGAUUAUCGGCAGUCGAUAUGCAAUGGCACAGGAUCCAUUUUGGACUCCAGAAAAGUUUAUACCCACUACAGGAAUGCUGCUUGGAAAUCUAAUGAGCGGCAUGGCAGUUGCAAUCGGUUCUUGUCUUUCAAGUCUUAGUGACGGACACGAGAAGAUAGAAACCUAUCUUUCUUAUGGAGCAACGCGUUGGGAAGCUGGUCUUUCUGUAGCAACCGAAUCCGUGCGGUUAGCCAUGCUGCCCACCAUCAAUCAAAUGUCCGUCAUUGGGCUCAUCGCUAUCCCUGGUAUGAUGACUGGUCAGAUUAUGGGUGGAGCAUCUGUCCUACAAGCCGCUAGAUACCAACAAAUCAUCAUGUUCAUGAUAUCAGCAAGUACUGCCUUGGCUGUUUUAACAGCAGUUGUUACUUGUGUUACUACCAUCAUAGAUGCUGAACACCGUAUUCGUCCUGAGCGUAUUCUACAAGGUCGACCGAGUUUGUGGAAAGAUAUCAAACUGUUGCCCAAGCGCACAUGGGAAGGCGUACAUUGGUGCAUUAUGUGCUGCGGUCGAUUUCAGAAGACACACAAAAUAUGGGACGAUAGCGACAGUGAAACCAGCACUGAACGUACCCCUCUUCUAAAUUAAUUACAUUUGAAUGAUUCACACUUUUAAAUACACAAUAGCUGCAACUUUUUGAAAACGCAGACUUUUUUUCUUUGCUAUUC